CCUCAGUAUAUAUAAGCGCGAGUAGCGAGCUAUAUUAACAGUGAGAAGAGCAAGUUAAACAGCGCGUUUGAAAGAGAUUCAAAAUUCUGUUUCAAUAGAAAGACAAUACCGCUUAUAAAUAGUUUUGGAGACAUUUAGGUUUAGUAUUAUAGUCGACGAAGAAAAUGGAAUCCCGAAUUUUGGUUAAAAUCGUCUGGUUAUUGGCGGUACUCGGAUUAUGUUAUGGUAGUUCCAUAGUUCCCACAAGGUUGGAAACAAGGCUAUGCAGAGCGCAGUUUGGUAAGUAAACCGGUCAUGUAGUGACUAUAUAUCUGAGCUUUUUUAUCCUGCUUAGAAUUUUAUAUAUGGCUAGUCGGUUUCUGUACUAAGACACCACUGGCGCGCACGUUGUCGCAAAUCUGUAAACAAUGUAAAUGUAACGAGGUUGUUGUCAUCGACUUCAGUAGUUCAGUACGAAUUUGUUACGUGCAGACGAUGUCAAACGUUUCGGAACAACUUGUUGCGAGUCCGUUGGCCUCAUCGAGUGUCACUCGACCUUGUUCAAGAUGUUACAGCAACUAAUUGGUCCGGACUUGUUAAUAACUGGAAACAAGCAUUGUGCGAACACAUCGUGUUGACAAUCUGUGUGCCAUUCAAAGUAUAGUAUUAAAAUUAAACGCGUAAUAUUAAUAAAACCGGCCAAUAGCUACAUCAGUAAUUUUUGAAACUACUAUUAAUUCACUCCAAGCAUUGACAGUUAAAAAAUGGACAGAAGAGUCCGGCAAAUUUUUAAACCAUACAUAUUUUAUAAAAUAAUUUAUUAGCUAUAAUUGUUUGCUUUGAAGUGAAUUAUACACGGUCAUGGUACUUAUGUUAAAAAGGCAUUAUAAAAAAAACUCAAAAGAAAUUUUUAAUGAUAAUGUCUGUAAAUCGGGUAAUUAUUUGUAAGACACUUUUAUAAAUUUUUAAACAAAUAUUUCCGACAGGUUUAUCAAUAAAUAGGUAUUCCAAACGAGGUAAGCAUUUAGCCUGCGUAGCAGGAGGCGUGGAAAAAACAACCCAAAAAUGAAUGCUACACCGCUAAGGUAAGCAUUGCAAUUCGCUUUUUAGCACACGAAGGGUGAGCAUAGCCGUCACCAUGAAAUUAUGGAUAUUAUAUAACCAUUGUUUUGGUAAGCGUUUCCUAUUAAGUGCCCAUAAUUAAGAAAAUAAGAGAAUACUAUAAAGAGGUCUUUAGAUUGGUUAGACUUCGCGUCUUCACGUGAUGACGAUGUGGGUGUAUUGUUAUGAUUUACAGACGACGUCUGAUGCAACGUAAAAAUAUCAAGGGUUAUCGUUCCAUGUUUCGCGCACCAAUAUAGGUUAGGGGUUAGGUAUUAGGGGUUAGGUUAGGGUUAGGUUUAAGGUUAGGGUAUGUGUAUGGUGGUAUCCAGUGAGUUAACUUUUCAGUACACCAUAAUAUCCAUUACAUCGCGUUUACCACAUAUUGGUGCGUGAAACAUGGAACGAUUACCAAAUCAAGGCUCUUUUCCACAGUCAUGGGUGUAUGAGAGGGGGAGGGGGCUCUAGCUGGGGAGCUUGGUCGGCCAGUUUUCAACGCACUGUAGCCUUUCACAUGUUCUGCUUUUCAAAGGGCCGUGCUCACUAUCGACAUAUACUAAACCUUGGUUUCCAUAUCGGGUCGUAAAAAUAGAGUUACGUCUUUCUCAACGGCCAGUUUAUAACAGUUUAUACCUGUAAACCACAUAUAAACCAUGAGUAUUCUCUACUUCACUCCGCGUAUUUUCAGUUCUAAAAUGUUGUAUUUCUGCUGAUGAGAAAGAUCGUCGCCUGUGUAGUAUAAAAGCUCGCUCACGCUCACACUCAAAGAGUGGACUAGGUUAUUAAUCUGAGCUUCUCUUGAGAGUCAGGUUUUGAAUAGCUGGAGGGUGAGUAGUCACAUAGUAAGGUACGACACUAACCCUCCAGCUAUUCAAAAACUGCACUGACACUCAAGGGAAGCUCAGAUUGAACCUCCACUCUUUGUGAGUGUGCUUCAUGAGUACUGAAUACAGGCGCGUGACUCAAUCUUUAUAUGACCGAAUUAAUUAAAAUUCAGCCUGGUUUUAAUUUUAACAAAUUAACAUAAAUAGUUUCACAGCCAUCUUCCCUUCGAUAGGCAGGCUAUGGCUACAGCGAUGGUAUAGCGUAAACCAUUGUUUUAGGUUAUGUUAUGUUAUGUUUUGUUAUUUCUUUCCUUGCAUUUGCAGUCUACUAACAUGAAAUCAUGACUCAUUUUUGACUCACGGAUAUUGCGAAGCAACAUCUGUGAGUCUUUGUGGUUACUUGAGGGUGGGGUGAGUGUGAGGUAGUUAAACGAUGGGAAAUGACCAUCCUGCUUUGCGCGCACUGUUUGCCGCACGCGUUCGUUCUUUUGAUUUGGCAAAUGAAGCACGACAAAUGGGUGAAAUGGCAAAAUUCGCAGAGUGCCCGGUUUGCAAAAACGACACUGACACUUUCAUUUGACUCUUAUCCGUGAGUAGGCCUCAAUGGCCUUUGACUCAAUUGUCUUUAUUUAAUUACCCACUUGAUAUGAUACGCAUGCAUGACAAAAAUUCAAGUGCAUGACCUAAUAGAAAUCUUACGUCUUUAUAUUUUACUUGGAAUUCGUAGUCGCAGCCAAAUAUGAAGCCUUUUAGGAACAAAGUUCAUUGUUAAGGAAAAUAGUUACAAAAUCCGGAAAAUUGAAUAACAGCUUGUAGCGGAAUUUAGAAAUAUAUUUGAAUACAAAAUACCAAUUACCAAAACAUCAUUAAUCCGAAAAAUACGACCAAUAUAAUGAACAAUUUGGAAAUAUUGCAAAUAAAAAGGAGUAUAAUUGAAUGGACACGAUACGGGCCAGUGCCCCCCCCCUCCCCUUCUUUAGGUGUGCAAAUACGUCAUCAUUAUAACGUUCUUUUGCGUUGUUCGAACAACAGUUAGUGACUAAAAAUGAAUAACGUAUUCUUGCGAUCUUUCAAUUCGAAGUUUAAAGUGAAAUUUUGAAAUGAUUCCUGUGUUUCUUGUGUCGAAGGAACAAAGCAGUUAUUCUGUGAUCGCUGUAAUUAAAAUAGCAAUAUAUUAAUUUUAUUUUAUAGUUUUCAAAUUCCAAGUGGUAUCUACAGCAAGGAAAGUUGGAUGCGCAGGAGGCGUCUUAAAGACAAUUGCACCUUUAACAAACACUUAUCCUACAGCAGCAACGACAACAGCAACACUACCACAAUCUACAACAAAUAUAACCACUGCAAAACUGUCUAACCUACAUCGCAUUUUAAACAUCCAACCUUCAACAGGGCAGGGAGUACCAUACCAAUCCACGGUUUCACUCCCACAAAGUCGCCAAAAACGAUGCCAUCAAGUCCAGCACCAAAGUAUUCUCAUUCCAGGCAAUAGUGUGUUCAGAGGCAAGGAUAAGUUGAAAAAGAUCAACAGCGUCAAAGAAUUAAAGAUAAAGGACAUCUAUUAUAGUUAUAUUAGAUUAGGUAAGCGCAGUUAGACAUUUUAUGUUUUAUGCAAUAUUUCAAACUGAUGCCGUUCAUUUUGUUUAUAUUGUUCUUGUUGCUGUUUAUGUUGUCGCUGUUGUUCCUGCUGGUAGUUGUUGCUUUUUGUUGUUGUUGUUGUUGUUGUUGUUGUUGUUGUGUUGUUGCUGCUGCUGUUGUUGUUGCUGCUGCUGUUGUUAUUGUCGUUGUUGCUGCUGCUGCUGUUGUUAUUGUCGUUGUUGCGGAUGUUGUUGUUGUUGCUGCUGCUGUUGUUGUUGCUGCUGUUGUUGUUGCUGCUGCUGUUGUUGCUGCUGCUGUUGCUGCUGUUGUUGUUGCUGCUGUUGUUGUUGCUGCGGUUAUUGUUGCUGCUGUUGUUGUCGUUGCUGCUGCUGUUGUUGUUGCUGUUGUUAUUGUUGCUGCUGUUGCUGCUGUUGUUGUUGUUGCUGCUGUUGUUAUUGUUGCUGUUGUUAUUGUUAUUAUUAUUAUUGUUGCUGCUUCUGCUGUUGUCCCUGUUAGUUGUUGCUGUUGUUGCUGCUGCUGUUGUCGCUGCAGUUGUUGCUGCUAUUGUUGCUAUCGCUGUUGUCGUCGUCGCUGCAGUUGUUGUUGUUGUUGUUGUUGUUGUUGUUGGAAAGGUACAUUGGUGGUAACAAAAUUCAUACCACUAACCAAGAUUGUACAUAUAUAUUCCAGAUCUAAACUUCGAAAACGAGCUUCCAUACGAAGAUUUCUUAUUCAUCGGACGACAAGUAGGAAAGAUUGAAAAUCAAGUAUUUCUGAGUAAUCCAGCCACUGUGGUUUCCUGGAACACAACUCUUGAACAAAAGAUGAAAAAUUUUGACUUUGUUAAAGAUUGUAAAAGCAGAAAUAGUCCUUCUCGACCUGCCCUUCCAUUCGAACCAUAGUUAAUUCACAUACAGUGCGUUUAAAAGAGGAAGAUGAAGAACAAAACGAUACGACAUACAUGAAGACUUUGGCCGAGUUUCGAGACUGUAUUUUUAUUUACUAUCAUUCAUUUAAAAGGCGAUGAAGAUAUUGCAAAUAACGAAAUGAUAGCUAAUAAAAUUUUUACUUUCUUAAUAUCAUAAUAUGUGUCGUAAAAUUUAAAAAUAAUUUGCUGUUCGGCCAUGUUGCAUGGUCAGGGUGUUAGCCAGAAGAAAAACGUUUUGUCCGUUAAACGUAAAUUGGGAAAGUUUUUUUGACCGAUCAAAGUCCUUGUGUAGGAAUAAAUAGUGUUUUUUUCCAACGUGUUUCUCCUUAGAUGCAAACAACGGUAGCUUGGUUUUGUACAUUUCAUUUCCGGUGAAUGAACACUGAAAAAUGCACCCGCGAUGGCACUUCGUUUUGUAUAUUUCAUUUCCGGUGAAUGAACUCGGAUGCACACCGAUUACACUUUGUUUUGUAAAUUUCAUUUCAGUGAAUACACACCCAAUAUGAAUGAAACGCGAUACAUUUUGAGAAAAUAGUUAAUGGGAAAAAGUAAAUAAAACGUUCUUUGAUAUAAUAAUAUAAAAUCAAACGCAAUGACUUUCUCAUCAGAAAAAAUGAAAAUCUUCCUGUAGACCCAGUUGGGAAAGCCCCUUAGCUACUUCAAUUGGGAAGAGUCCGUCAAACGGACAGUAUAUGGGCUAGCUAACACCCUGAUGGUGCCAUUCUUUUGUUGAAAUAUCAUCCAUGAGUUUUUCAAGCAGUUUAUAUGAAGGCGAGCCAAUUUUAUCCCGUGUUUACACGAAACUUUUACAUUAGACGGGCCAGCUCGGUUCCCAUAUAAACGCAAAAUAAAAUUUAGUAGGAAAUAAUAACAAAGGCAGGAUCUCGUCUAAACCACGCUAACUCGGGUACCUGGGCUGGCUCGCCCCAUAUGAACAGCCCCUAAUAACAACGGAACAUUCUGAUCACUGGAUCGUAACUGGAUGGUACCGUUACCAUGGAUGUUUUAUAGACAAAAGAAUCACAGUUUAAAUAAAAAAUCUUAUUAUAAAAUAUAUAUGUCACACACUUUACAAAUACUACAACAUUUUGAUCAAAAUAU